CCCUUCUGCUUUGAUAUUUCUCUCUGUCAGGUCGGAGUCGAUCAGCAUGCAGAGUUUCAUCGGAUCCUCACACUUUGUGGCAGUUCUUCUGCUGCAGCUGAUACCUGCGCAGAUUUCACACCCUGCAGCAGAGGCUCGCUCAAGAGUGAUGUUGUUCCAGGAGGUGUGGAAGAGGAGCCUGUGUCGGCCCAUGGAGCGACUGGUGGAUGUGGAGCAAGAGUACCCUGGAGGAGUGGAGCAUAUCUUUAGUCCUGCUUGUGUCCCACUUUGGCGUUGCUCUGGUUGCUGUGGGGACGACAGCCUUGAGUGCCACCCUACCCUGGAGCGCAACACCACCCUGCAGCUGUUGAGGAUUACUCCCACUGAGAGAUCUGGGCAUUACCUGGAGCUCACAUUUGUGGAGCAUCAGGAAUGUGAAUGCAGACCCCGACAGAUGCAUCUGAGUAAUGAAAGCAGCAGCAGCAGUCAGUCUAUCAAGAAUAGACCUCGGAGGAGGAAACACAGGAAGAGAGUGAAGGACUGUGGCAAGUGCCAGCGUCCUCACAGCUAGGUAGAUCUUCACUGAUUCAGACAUUUGUCCCAAGCUGAAGAGGACUGGCACAACUUUGGAAGGGUCAGCAGCACCUGCUCUCUUUAUUCAUCAGAUAUUGGACGAAUCGUCUUUUCACCACAAACAGCAAGUGUGCUGGGAUGGUUGUGAACACUCAUCCAGGCCAUCCGUCAGAUAUCACAAUCUCAAUAUGGCUGUCCUUGACAUUGUUUUUUAAUCUGUUGAUAUUAUUAGAACAAAUGAACACGUCAAAGAAACUCCCUUUCACCUCUUUGGCUCUAAGUGCCAUUGGCAAAAGCCCAAAAUGGAUUCUCAAUUUUCCUUUUGAAAGUCUAGCCGCCCUUUUGUGAGUUUUCAAGAUAGAUGCAGGAUACAGACAGAAAUGACCAGUUCCUCUUAAUGGGCACAGAGGAAAUGGACACGGGAUGCUUAGUUUAUUGACUGCAAAGGGAAGGGGAUUAAGGCCUCCAUUUAUUUCUGAGGGUUUGCUGAUCGACUGUCAAGGCAAGGCCAAGAUUCAGAGAAAGGCCAGAUAUCUUCACCAUGACUACACGUUCGCUAUUAUGACUCCUUUACAGAGUGAUUCAUUUAUUAUAUGUUGAUACGAAGGCAUAGCAUUUCUUCCCUUGUGCAAAGCUACAGAAUGAAAUCGGACAUAGCUGUGCUGUUGUUGUCAAGUGUUAUUUAUCAGCUCUGUCUGUGGGUGAAUGUUGAA